AUGAGAGUCAGUAUUUUAAAAUAUGUUUUUUUUUCAAUUAUUAUUUGUUCUUUUGAAUAUGCCAAAAAUGAACUAUACUUUGCAAACGAUAGAGGGAUAUACCUUGAAAGGAAUGUAAUAAACUUUAGAAAUGAUAGGAUAUUAGCAGAUGUAGAUGAUCAAUUUGAUUUAAAUGGAUUUUAUAAAUCAACUUUGAGUCUUGCAAGUCAACUUAGUGAUUGUACUGAAGGUAACAAAGAAAUAGCACACCUUCAAAAUAUUAUAGAUUCAUAUAUAAAGAAGCAUAAAGAAAGUAAUACACUACCCGAUUUAAAUAAUUUAGAUAAGAAAACUAAAAAGUUAGUUAAUGAACUUCGAACAGAAUUAGAAAAAAUAAAAAAAGAGCUUGAUAAUAAAAUGAAUGGUGAAUUAGCAAUGCAGCCGAUACAUGAUAAAAGAAUAAUAAAAAAAGAUGAAAAUAGUUCUGUAUCAGAACAUGAAGACUUUGAACAAUUGGAAAAUGAAGGAAAUUUCUUGGAGAUUGCCGAUGAUAAUUUUGAAGAUGAAUAUAAUGAAAUUACAUCAGGUAAUAAAUAUAAGAAAUUCGAAAUUGAUCGAAAGUUAAAAAAAGCAAAUAUAAAAUUAUUUGCGAAGUUUAUGCUGUUUAUGGCAUCGCAUUUUGUGAUAGGAGCAUUAGGAGGUGGGUACUUACUAUUACUAACUAUACCGUCUACGAUUUCCGUAAUUAAGCAAUGUUGGAAAAACUUUAAAUUAUCCUUUAAACAAUCAGAAAUAUAA